AAUGGGUUCUACCUGGAACUAUGGGACAACCGAAUAACCCUUUAUAGGUUCUAGGUAUCACCGUUUUUGUACUUGGAAGCACUCAGAGAUGGUCUAUAAUUUGAAUAGUCAGCAUUUUGUAGAUUAUUGUUAUCUCUGAGAUUGUAUCUCUAACAAUCCCCCAUUAGCAAGUACUAGUCAUUAGUAGCCAACUUCCCAUGUGACCAUAGGCUAUUGUAUUGCUCGGAUAAUUGUUCAGAAAACGUAAUUCUGCGCAGGUCAUUUGAGCAUUCUCAGCCUUUACACACGUCCCUUGAAGGCUGCGCAUGACAUUAAUCAUGGAAAGGUUUCCAGCCUCUCAGAAGUCACGAUGUGGGUUGACGCGCUCAGUAGAGCGCACAGCGCAGCAGUAGCCAUCUACUGUAGCAGGGGGUGUAUGUGUGUCGUGUUUAUUUCAACUAGAUCGCGGGGAGCGGAGAGGCAACAACCAUCGGUAUUGAAUGCUGGUAAGCAGGCUCCAGUCCAUGGGGUUGUGACGCGGAUUCUCCGGCUGCGCUGAAUUGCAAGCGGGUACUGUAAACGCAUUUGAGAUAUGGACGCUGUUCUGUGAAGCAUGCUGACAAAUGUUCUUCUCCCAGACAACAAAAGCUGAAGUGGCCGGCUGGUUGGUGAAGCUGUGACCUAUGCAGGGUUGUCUUGGCUGAUGGUCCAGGGGCGGUGUCCUUCCAGGAGGGUAUGCCUGUAUCCCACCAUGCCGCUGCUGGCAGAAUGGCUGCUGUGCCACUCAUUGGUGGCAUGCCUGUUGCUGCACAGCCUGGCGCUCGGGGCCACCACCGCGGGCCUCCACGGGGCAAACACCGGCUGCUCCGAGAGCUGCUACUGCUCCGAGAUGGCCGACGGCGGGAGGGUGGUGCGCUGCAGCAACAUGCACCUGGCGGAGGUGCCGCAUGACCUGCCCAAUGACACUCGCCGACUUUACCUGGACGGUAACCUCCUUACCACCAUCCCCGCCGACGCCUUUGCAGGGCUUCCUUUACUCAACGAGCUGGACCUCUCCCACAAUGAGCUAACUCAGAUGGAGCCGGGGGCCUUCCGGGGUCUGGUCCCCUCUCUCAAGAGCCUGGACCUGUCCUCUAACAGACUGACCACCCUGGAGCCCGAGGUCCUACGGGGCCUGAGGGCCCAGGCCAACCUCACCCACAACCCCUGGCACUGUGACUGCCGCCUCCAGGUGGCAAUGCCCCGGCUGGAUCUGGAACCGGUAUCACUGGCUGGCGUGGUAUGCCACACUUCGGAGCCCAAGGACGUUGGCAUAGAUACAGGGGUGCCCUUCAUCAUGGUGGCAGCCGACCUGGACCUGUGCGCAGGGCUCAAGAGAACCACGGACGUGGCCAUGCUGGUGACCAUGUUCGGCUGGUUCGCCAUGGUCAUCUCCUACCUGGUGUAUUAUGUCAGGCACAACCAGGAGGACGCACGGAGACACCUGGAGUACCUCAAGUCCCUUCCCAGCAAACUGGACAGGCCAGAGGAGUCCUCUAAACUCAGCACAGUGGUGUGAGAAGUAAAUUACCAGACUUGGGUCAAAAUGCAUUUUGUCAGGUACUUUCAAAUUCUGGAGAAGUGCUUGAUUUAGCUUGAUUGCUGUGCAAGGCUGUAGAGUUUGCACUUUUGGGGCGAUUCUUAGGUAGUAGGUAAGCUAAAUCAAGCGCACCUGUAGUAUCUGAAAGUAUUUGACAUAUAUUUACCUAGGUCAGGUAGAGACACAGGAAAUAAUAGCCAAACACCUCAAAGGGAUCAUAAAAGGAAUUCACAAACUUGGAAAUAGCCCGGGAUACUACUGUACUGUACAGGUUUUCACCAGUAAUCCAUUGGAAACGCAAUACCUCGCGGUAACAUUUCAUUCAAACAAAUUCACACUCUUUGAUGAAUCGUCAUGAAAUGAAGACUCUCUUUUUUUUUCCCCCACCACAUAGCUGUUUGUUAUACGAAUGAAGGAAUUAUUUGACACGUUUGUGAAUAUUCUAAAUGUAUUUCCAAAUCAGUCUGUGUCUUUAUGUAAGACACUCUGUAUUUGAAAAUGAUUGAAUUCCAACGAGGUAUUGAAAUGUCGUCAAAUGCAUAACUAUUUCACAAUGGACUGCCGAGGGCACCGUUUUGUUAUUAAUCAGGACGGCACGAUGUCAUCAAAUGUCCCCAUAUUAGUGAUGAUACUGUGCUUGGCAGUGUAACAGAGACUGCAUUGUUUGACCAGCAUCUGCACUCAUUGAAUGUGGGAUCUUUAUUUUCUGGAUGAGAAGCCCCAUGUAAUCAUCAAACAUCUUACCAGAAAGAAUAAAAUCAUGAAAUGCUCCUUCCUUUUUUUAUUUUGGCCACAAUACCAUAUUUUCUUUCCACAGUUGUAUUGCAUGUAAUAUUUCAUUUCUCACAAAGUCCGCCUGAACAUGUCACCUUUUCAUUUAUUUUAAAUGAACAAUGUGUUCAUUAUAUUGAAUUAUGAUAUUUGACAGACCGUAGUGCACGAUGGCAAAAGUAGUUUAGAAAUAUGAAUUGCGCAACUUCAAUCAGUGGGUCCAACAAGUAAUUGUAAAAAAACGUUUUUUUCUUUCUUUUUUUUCUUUUCUUUUUUUUUUCUUUUCUAAGUUUAAAAAGAUUUCACUGUCUGAAGUGUUAUUUGAAUUUCCUCCAAGCCUCAUGAAUUCCUUUGAUCUCACUAAUGGGUAUGUCUUUUAGAACUAUGAAUCUGCUUUCGGGACAGACUGCACUGAAUAUGACUUCUGUCACACACACACACACACACGACAGCCACAAUGCACACGGUAAAACUCCACACCCUCAGGCUGAAAUAAAAAUGAUAUAGAUUUGAUCCUUGCUCACCGUUUGGAAACUGGGCCUGCCGAUGGGAUCCCCCCCUGGCCUCCCACAUCAUGACGUAGGAUGGGAAUCAAUACAGAAUGGUGUUUCUCCUGUCCUACUGGAACUAUUAAAACCCUGCCCCUUGACCGUGGUACAGUAUCUAGCCACAGUCUGUCCUCUUUCUGUCUUAUCUUAAGUGCUCAUUUGUGGAGGAUGAGAAAAUGGGGGUAGCCUCUCUCUCUCUCUCUCUCUCUCUCUCUCUCCUCUCACCCUUGCAUUUAUCUGUCACACAACCAAUCUGAUACUGAGCCCUGAGGGUCAAUCAUGCACACGCACAUGCACACACAAAUAAAUAUAGUUGACAUAAUUAUACAGUAUAGCCUGUUCGGUCUUAAAAAUGUCAGUCAUGACACGGAUACAUUGCCCUACAUUGCCCUACAGCCCUCAUUAGCAUGUGUUUAUGUGCAUGGACAAAUGGACUCAGUCACAUUACCAUACACAUUGCAG